AUGAGCAAAAAUAGCUCAAUUGAUUUACAGGCACCUCAAAACUCUCUAAGGCGAUCAGGGCGAAAUAAAAUAAGUGGGCCAAAUGAUCAUCCCCCAGAUCAAGCAGAAGUUAAGAGUGAAGACAAUGGAGAUGAAUAUGGGUUUUUAAAUUACAGGAAUGUUCGGAGAAUGAGGCUGGGGAAGUAUGAAUUUGACACAUGGUAUGGGAAUUCUGCCUUGUUCAAAGUGCCAUUUUAUGAUCGAAAUAUUAAUAGUUUCCGUACCAGUCUAUCGUUCAAAGAUGAAAGCAUAGCUUCUGCUAACGUCUCACCGCCCAAAGCAAAGAGCUUAGCUUCUAAGAAGCUGCCACCUAAGGAAUAUGUAAUAAAUCCCAAAAAAAAGGAUAUAUGGCUAGAUCUUUUGUAUGUAUGCCCAUAUUGUUUCAAAUUCACAGACAUCCGAGUAGAGUGGGAACAACACAUAAAUUGCUGUGGUUUUAGACGUAAACUACCCGGAAAAGUUAUGUACAGCGAUGGAGAGGUAGUCAUACGGAAAAUCAAGGGCUUCUAUAAUAAGCUAUUCUGUCAGAAUAUGUGCUUGAUGGCUAAAUUUUUUCUGGAUAACAAAUCAGUGUUCUACUAUUUGGAUUAUUUUGAUUUCUAUGUUGCCUAUCAAAUGCUUGAUCGGAUCGAAGUACCCAUGGGAUUUUACUCCCGGGAAUUAUUAUCUUGGGACUUGAAUAAUUUAUCUUGUAUAUGUGUUCUUCCAUGUUACCAGCACCGACAUUUAGGCACAAAGUUGAUUGAUUUCUCUUACCAGUUGUCACGAUAUGAACAACAAAUUAGUGGGCCAGAACAUCCACUCUCACCAUUGGGAAAACUAACCUACCUAAAGUAUUGGUGCAGCAGCAUAGCUAAAGUGUUUGUGUACGGGAGUCUAUCCAACAAAAAGUUUGUCACUUUACAAAUGAUCAGUGAAAUAACGGGGUUUAGGAUUGAGGACAUCCUAAUGACAUUGUCGUGCAUGAAAGUGCUUUAUCAGAGUGGUACAAAAACUAAAAAUAUGGAUUACUAUCAAGACAGCUUCAAGUAUAGUGAUCAUUACAUUUUCGUUGAAGAUGAAAAAAACUACAAAGUCAUGAUUGACAAAAAAAAGAUGAAAAGGUGGGUCGUAGAUAACAUGAUUGAAAAUGUGGAUCUUCUAAACAAAAACUGUUUUGUAUUUUACUAA